GGUUAACUCCUUCACUAAACUUGCUCUUGUUGUAGAUACACGUGUUUACAGCAAAUAAGUUAUUUUUUAAGUAUAUUGACUGCAAAUUUUCACAAUGGCUAACGAUUUAGAACAAAAGAUCAUCAAACAAAUCGAAUAUUACUUCGGAGACAUCAAUCUGCCGCGUGAUAAAUUCUUACAAGAGAAAAUCAAAGAAGAUGAAGGGUGGAUCACUCUGGAUGUCUUAUUAACGUUCAAACGUCUUUCGUCGUUAUCUACUGACCAAGAAUUAAUCGCAAAAGCAGUUGAAAAGUCUGAAAAUGGCCUAGUGAUGGUAAGCGAAGACCGUAAGAAACUUAGACGCAAUCCAGAGAAACCGAGUCCAGAAUUGAAUGAGGAAAGACGCAAAGAGAUCAUGGGGAGGACAGCCUACGCAAAAGGAUUUCCAUUGGAUGAAGAAUUUAACAACAUUAUCACUUUCCUAGAUGCAUAUGGACCAGUCGAAUCAUGCAGUCGUAGAUCCACCAAAGACCAUAAAUUUAAGGGUUCCUGUUUUAUUAUUUUCAAAGAUGUCGAAACCUGCAAGAAAUUCGUAGAAGCGGAAAGUAUCAAAUAUGGAGAAACAGAACUAAUCAGGAAAUUCCAACAAGUAUAUUUUGACGACAAAAAAAAAGAGAUACAGGACAGAAAAAACGAGAAAGCUGCUAGCAAGGUAGCUGCAAAAUCGGGCACACCGCUUCAGUUUCCCAAAGGAGCCAUUAUUCAUUUCUCUGGAAUCGAGGAAGGUGUAAAAUUAUUAAGGGAAGAUCUUAAAGAAAAGGUCAAGGAAGUCGGCAAAAUUGAAGUAAAAUUCGUUGAUUUUAAUCAAGGUGAUUUGGAGGGAUACCUACGUUUCGCAGAAGAAAACGAAGCUGUCGAGUUCUUUAAGACAGUUGAUAAUGACACACUUGAAAUUAAAGAUCAAAAAGUCAAAUUGAGAGUGUUAGAAGGAGACGAAGAGGAGGAAUAUCUGAAAAAAACUUCAGAUUCUAUUCUAAACAUGAGAAAACAUAAGAAACAAAAUUCUAAUAACAGAAAACGAAAGGGCAACUUUGGUGGCGGAAGAAGAGAUGCCAAAGUUAGUAAAAGGGACUAAUAAACAAAAUAUGUUAUCAUCUUUAUCUAAUUGUUUAGAUAUUGUAAAAAUUAGGUUAAAAAUAAAGGUUUUUUUUACA